UAUUAGGGCUUUGUUUUCGCUGUUGCUUAAAUUUUUAUCUCGAGAUUUGAGGUGAAGGUGGGAUUUUUGGGGUUAGGGUUUUGGAUUUUUUGGACAGUGAGUGAGCUUACUCGGAUUUCAGUAUGUAGCUUUAGAUUAUUUGCGAAGUCCUUGCUUUGUUCCUGAGUGGUUGUUUUCAAGUGAAGUUUGUUCUGUCAAAAGUGUUUUCUUUUUGUAGAGAGAAAUCUUACUCACUGACAGUGUGAAAUCUAUUCUUCGUUGCAGGGUUGUAUAGAAAUUUAGUACCACUUUCCAUAUAUGAAAGAUGUCAGGAUCUGAAACUGGAAUCAUGACUACCAGAGAGCCCUUCAGCAUGGGUCUCCAGAAAAAUGCGGUACCGUCACAGCCGGUGAUACAAAACAUGCGCUUAGCCUUCAGUCCAGACGGAGCAGCUGUGUACAAGCCCGUUUCCGGGACCUCCCCGCCGUACCAGUCUUCCGGCGGUACCGGUGGAGAGGGUUCCACCGGCGGCGCCAUCAUACCUCACGGCCUUAACAUGAAUAUGGGGAGCGAGCCCUUGAAGAGGAAGAGAGGGAGGCCAAGGAAAUACGGCCCAGAUGGGACCAUGGCACUGGCGUUGUCACCUGCUCCUUCUGGUGUGAACGUAUCUCAGUCCGGUGGGGCAUUUUCUUCUCCACCUGCUUCGGCCGGAUCAGCCUCACCUUCUUCCUUGAAGAAAGCAAGAGGCCGACCACCCGGUUCCAGCAAGAAACAGCAAAUGGAAGCUCUUGGAUCUGCGGGAGUUGGAUUUACACCUCAUGUUAUCACAGUGAAAGCUGGAGAGGAUGUAUCAUCAAAAAUAAUGUCAUUUUCUCAGCAUGGUCCAAGGGCUGUUUGCAUCCUAUCAGCAAAUGGUGCCAUCUCUAAUGUGACUCUCCGCCAACCAGCAACAUCUGGUGGCACUGUAACUUAUGAGGGACGGUUUGAAAUUCUCUCUCUUUCUGGUUCAUUUCUGCUCUCGGAAAAUGGUGGUCAGCGAAGCAGGACUGGGGGAUUAAGCGUGUCAUUGUCUGGUCCGGAUGGCCGUGUUUUGGGUGGUGGCGUAGCAGGUCUUUUAACAGCUGCAUCCCCUGUUCAGGUAGUUGUGGGUAGUUUUAUUGCAGAUGGCCGCAAGGAAUCAAAGUCAGCAAGCCAAGUGGAACCCUCAUCAGCCCCACCAAAGAUUGCCCCAGUUGGUGGUGGGGGUGGGGUAACAGGAACAAGCAGCCCCCCAUCUCGUGGGACACUGAGUGAGUCAUCUGGCGGACCUGGGAGCCCCCUUAACCAGAGCACGGGAGCCUGCAAUAACAGUAAUCCACCAGGAAUGACGAGCAUCCCAUGGAAGUAGACUGAACACUCCGCAGGUCAGCUACCUAACCAAUCUCUAUGUAGGACCCGGGCUCUAUUGCUGUGUUGGUGAUUCCCUUAAAAAAAGAGACCCAUUUGUAAUUUAAGCCUUGUGUAAGUUAGUUGUGCAUAAUAAGGACCACAGGUGACUUUCCAGCUUGACCCUACUGCUGGCUGUAAAGUUCCAACCAAGUAGUGACAGGUGAUCUUGGCCGUGUCAGGUAGAAGAAAUUAGAGAGGAGAGGUUGUGCUUUCUUUUAGUAGGUUUUAGAUGGAGAUGUUGAUUGUAGUUUUCUUUGUAUUCUGGCUUUUGCAGUCGGUUUGUUGUUGUUGUUGUUGUUGUUGGUGGUGGUGGUGCUUAUUGUUAACCUCGUGGAAGGUGUUGUAGUUCACUUUUAAUCCUAACCUCCGUUUUAUUGUUGUCUGUUACUUGCGAGUUUCGAGCUGGCUUCCCUUUUGGAAUCAUGUAAGAAAUGUUUUAUUUU